AUUUACUUUCUUUUUUCUAAAUUGAACCAAUAAGAAAGAAAGAAAGAAAGAAAGCAAGAAAAAGAAAAAAAGAAAAGGCGCCAUGGAAGCUAUACUCACAGACUGUGUUCAAAACAGUCUCCGCCAUUUCAUGUUCAAAAACGCCAUCUUCUUUUGCGAACGUCUUUGUGCUGAGUUCCCUUCCGAGGUGAAUUUGCAGUUGUUAGCUGCUAGCUACUUGCAGAACAAUCAAGCUUACUCAGCGUAUCAUAUUCUAAAGGGAAUGCAAACAAGUCAAUCCCGCUAUUUGUUUGCGAUAUCAUGCUUUCAGAUGGAUCUCCUUAAUGAAGCUGAAACGACUUUAUGUCCUAGUAACGAGCCUGGUGGAGAGAUUCCAAAUGGUGCAGCUGGUCAUUAUCUUCUUGGCCUUAUUUACAGGUACACAGAUAGAAAGAGAAGUGCUAUUCAUCAUUUUAGGCAGGCUUUGUCUAUAGAUCCUUUACUUUGGUCUGCAUACGAGGAGUUGUGUAUAUUAGAUGCUGCUGAAGAAGCGACUGUGGUUUUUGGGGAAGCAGCUGCUCUUUGCAUUGAAAAGCAGUACUUCUAUCAUGGGUUAGCUUCCCCAAAUUUGCAUGUGGCGAGUGAGGGUUGUAAUCUGGUUUCUUCCCGGAACUUUAGUUCAGAAGAUGUCAGUCGUAGGCAGCUGAAAAACACACAAGUGAAUAGCCUUAGAGACAUCCCCAGUAAUCAUCAUGGAGCAGCAAUAUCUGCUUCACAGCCCCAUAAUGGUGGUCCUUCAAAUAUAUCACUUUAUAAUACUCCUUCACCAGUGGCUUCACAGUUGUCAGGAGUUGUUCCACCACCUUUGUGUAGAAAUGCACAGCCAAAUGGUUCCAAUCUCAACACAGUUAAUGCUGAUGGUUCUCCAAAGUCAGUGGUGAACUCUCUUGUUCAAGCCCCUCGAAGAAAGUUUGUUGAUGAAGGAAAAUUACAAAAGAUUUCUGGGAGGCUAUUCUCCGAUUCUGGUCCCCGUCGAAGUACAAGACUUGCUGGAGAUGCUGGGGUCAACACAAAUGCAAAUACCACGGGAGUAGCUGGAAAUGGGACUAGCUCUUCUAAAUACCUUGGAGCUAAGUUGAGUUCUGUCGCCCUUCGUACUGUGACAGUUCGUAAUUCUCAAUAUUGGGCGAAUGAUAAUAUUGAAGAAGGGAUAAGAGCUGAAAUAUUUGAUGAUAUUCGUGCAAAUUUGGCAUCAGCAAAUUCAAGUUCAUCUCCUGGUGAUGUUAGAUCCCUUGACCAAGAUGAAUCUACUGUUCCAGUUGGUGGGGUUGUUACUAGCAGAUCAAAAGUUAGCAAUGGCGUUUCAGAAGUUUUAGGCCUUCUAAAAACCCUUGGGGAAGGCUAUAGGCUUUCUUGCCUGUAUAGGUGUCAGGAUGCACUGAAUACCUUUCUAACACUUCCACUUAGGCAUUAUAAUACAAGCUGGGUGCUGUCCCAGGUUGGGAAAGCACAUUUUGAAUUGGUUGAUUACUUAGAAGCUGAUCGGGUAUUUAGUCUUUCCCUUCGAGUGUCUCCUUACAGUUUAGAAGGAAUGGAUAUUUACUCCACUGUUCUAUACCAUUUAAAGGAAGAUAUGAAGUUAAGUUACCUAGCGCGGGAACUGAUAUCAACUGAUCGCUUAGCUCCUCAAUCAUGGUGUGCCAUGGGAAACUGUUACAGCUUGCAGAAAGACCACGAAACAGCUCUGAAAAAUUUCCAACGAUCUGUGCAACUGAAUACAAGAUUUGCAUAUGCCCACACCCUUUGUGGUCAUGAGUAUGUUGCUUUAGAGGAUUUUGAGAAUGGAAUCAAGAGCUACCAGGAUGCCCUUCAGAUCGAUUCAAGGCAUUACAAUGCCUGGUAUGGUCUAGGAAUGAUCUUUCUUCGCCAAGAGAAGUUUGAGUUUUCCGAGCAUCACUUUAGAACUGCUUUCCACAUAAAUCCACGUUCUUCUGUUAUAAUGUCUUAUCUUGGAACCGCUCUCCAUGCCUUAAAGAGAAGUGAAGAUGCCAUCAAGAUAAUGGACUGCGCGAUUUUUUCAGACAGAAAAAACCCGCUUCCGAUGUAUCAAAAGGCUAACAUACUGAUGAGUCUAGAGAAAUUUGAUGAAGCUCUUGAAGUUCUACAGGAACUUAAAGAGUAUGCCCCUCGUGAAAGCAGUGUAUAUGCCUUGAUGGGUAAAAUCUAUAAGCGACAAAACAUGCACGAAAAAGCCAUGCUUCAUUUCGGUAUUGCUUUGGAUUUAAAGCCAUCUGCAACCGAUGUUGCUACGAUUAAGGCUGCCAUCGAGAAGUUACAUGUACCGGAUGAAUUAGAAGAUUAACCUGUAAAUCGAACUGAGUUUUCAAGAAGCAAAGAGGAAGGCCUCAAAAACAUGCUUGUCCAGAAAGAGUAGCUCUGCUUGUGCUUUCGAUUCGUGCUCGAAUAAAACGGUACGUUGCACAAUAGAUCGGUGGAAACCUGGUUAGGAAUACAUGCAGCAGCUCGAUUAGAGUUGGUAUUCAGACCAUACAAGAUUAUCUAAAGGUAUGUUGCUUUGACUGGGGUUGUUCUCGAACAGGGUAUCGGAUAAGGGUACUAAAAGAAAGCUCGUAAAGAAAAAUGAAAAGUCAAGAGUUUUGAGAUGGACUUCAAUCCAUAUUAUCUAUAAUUAGAACACUUUUGACAAUAACACUUACUUGGGAGGAUUGUUUUCGGACUUGCAAGUGGGUAAACAUUCGACAAGACAGUCAUGACUCGGCUCAACAAAGUAUGCAAUCUGUAAUCAGAAACAACAGACAUAAACCAUAGUUAUAUGUUAUGUUAUAUGCUGUUGAUAUAUGCUAUGUUUAUCAGAUUUCGAUACAAGUGUCAAAUACAUGUGCUCAACAAAGAUAUGAAUUUGGAGGUUAUAACUCUA